AAGCGGACAGCGACGGUCGACAAUCUCAGCUCGCUCAACCACAACAUGCGUCUAUGAAACAUUUUCGACGUAUCUUUCCAAACCAUGGAACCCGCAACAAGAACCGUCACGCCCUGGAUCCAACACAAUGCGCCCAAGAUCGACCCAGCUUGGGCGUUUGCCGAAGCACAACGGCUGAGGAAGCAAAAGAUCCCGGAUCCCCCGGCUCGUGUCACAAAUCGGAAGGAGCGAUUCAAGAGCACCAUGCGGGCAUACUUCAAAGCGACGGGAGACAAUCAGGCCCAAUACAUCUUCGAACACACCCAUACAUGGGAAGAGGUCCGGAGCGAGGCACAGAAAGCGCUGGACCUACGCUACCGGCAGAACGGGAAAAGGAACUUCUUCCGCAAAUCGAUUCGACUCGUUGGGGACGUGGCUUCCCGGCUAGAGUUCCUGACGCAGCUAAUCCCCAGCGGUGAUUAUAUGGGAGUUCUCUGCGGAGGGCUCAAACUCAUCUACAAUGCAGCGAAUCGCAUGAGUGCCGUUCGCGAGCUCAUUCUCGGGUCAUUGGAUAGUCUAUCGCAGCCGAUUGAGGAUGCCUCACCCUACCUCUAUACCUACGCUUGGAGCGAGACGCUUCUGGAAAAGGCGCAGGACCUCUAUAUGAGCGUCCUAGACGCGGUCGAGAAUCUCACGCAAUGGAUGGCCAAGACUAGAGGAGUGGUGCGAGGUACCUGGGAAAGAUCCAAGGCGCUCGUCCAGCAGGACGACUACGGGCAAGAUCUCGAACAUCAGAUUGUCACUCGUGUGGGAGAAGCAGCGAAUGCAUUUGAGAAAGCUGUCAAAAUCUGCUUGAACACCGAGGUACAUGAUAUGGGACAGAACGUGGUGCGUUUGGGCAAAGGACAGGACGAAAUGAGAGACGAGAUGAGAGACGUAAAGCGGAUAGCCGCAGGCUCGUGGGAGAGAGUUGAGGCAAUCCUGCUGGAGAGGUGGAAGCAAUUGCAACCGAUGGUUGAUGACUACAACGCCGCGAAAGCUGCUAGGGCCGCGCGGGUGUCCACCACCAUCGAGCAGCUCCUCACUGCGCUGCACUUCGCGAAUCCAUUUUCCGAGGUCGAUAUCGUGGAUCGCACGGUCAACAUUAUAGCCACUGAGCGAACCACAUUACUUCUCUCCGGUAGACUCUUGGACGAUGAUGCCCAAGACCAGGUGGCGGGUGUGCUGCAGGAUGCCCGGUUUCGCAGCUGGCUUCAGGACAUGCGCUCCGAGGUCCUGGUUGUGUCACGCAUGGAGGAGGAUAUCUUGGAAGAGGGACCCGUCUCGCCACUGACCUAUCUCUGCUCCGUGAUGAUCAAGACUCUUGCCCCCGCCGAGCGCGUGGUGCCGAUGGUAUUCUUCUGCCGCCAGCACUGCGAUUCUCAAGAUAGCUUCGCCGGUGCUGCAGGAAUGCUACGGUCGCUCAUCGCCCAGGUGAUCCUCAACCUCUACGAGACUCACAGACUCGAUCUCACGUUCCUAGUUGAGGAGCAUCUCCAUACAAUCGCGAUGCAGGAUGUGUCCACCCUGUGCCAUCUUUUCGCCGAGGUGGUCAAGAGGGCCCCCGCCGGGAUCGUUGUUUGCAUGAUCGACGGGGUGGACUUUCUGAGCAACCAGCUUAAUCUGUACUGGGUGGAUGGGGUGAUGCGGUUUCUGAAUAGCCUUCUGGGGGUCGUGGCGGGCAGCCGGUCGGAUCUUGUAUUUAAGAUCCUGGUGACCAGCCAUCGAGGAGCCAGUCUAGCGUCGCAAUGGUUCCCUUAUCGAGUGGAGCUGCCCGUGCUUAGUAGCGAGACAAUGUGCGGUCUUGGGCAUGCGACUGGAGAGAUGCAGUCAAUCUUCUAGCAGUGUUGCCACUGCCCUUGUAAGAGCAACUUUGGUCGUAACACGGUGGCGGAUCACAGGAAAAUAAAAGAGGGCCUACAGAUAGCUUCUGAAAUAUCCAUGCAGCAGCGAGACAAC